CGGCAAUCAUUGGAUUGGAGAUUUGGAGGGCAGUCAUUUGACGUGAUCACCGAAGUUUCUCUCCCGUAUCUUCAUCGUCGUCGAGUAUGCCACGACCACCUUUACGGUGAUCCAUCUACGGGUCGGAAGACGAAGAAGAAGAUGAGUAACACACCAGCAACGGCUGCGUCAUCAUCUAAAUCGAAAGCUGCGGGAACUUCUCAGGCGCCGGAAAAGCGUAAAACGUUCUUUCAGAAAGAAUUGCAGCAUAUGAUGUAUGGAUUUGGCGACGAGCAAAACCCGCUUCCAGAGACCGUGACGCUUGUAGACGACAUUGUUGUGGAAUACGUCACAGAUUUGGUAACACAUCAGGCUCAAGAAAUUGGCUCAAAGCGAGGAAGACUACUAGUUGAUGACUUCUUGUAUCUAAUCCGCAAGGAUUUGCCAAAACUAAACCGGUGUAGAGAACUCUUGGCAAUGCAAGAAGAACUGAAGCAAGCUCGCAAGGCUUUUGAUAAUAUCCAGAGAUUGGUAAUGGCAAUGGCACCAGUAAUUAAGCUGGUUCUAGGCUCAAUAGCCUUUGCCAUUUUCUGGGUAUUAGCAGUUUUUCCUUCGGUGCCAUUCCUACCAAUCGGUCGGACCGCUGGUUCUCUGUUCGGUGCGAUGUUAAUGGUUAUCUUCCAAGUGAUAACCCCUGAACAAGCUUACGCAGCCAUCGAUCUCCCGAUCCUCGGUCUUCUCUUUGGAACAAUGGUUGUUAGUAUAUACCUCGAGAGAGCUGACAUGUUCAAGUACUUAGGCACAUUGCUCUCUUGGAGAAGCAGAGGACCUAAAGACUUGCUUUGUCGAGUCUGUCUUGUUUCCGCUGUUUCAAGCGCUCUUUUCACUAACGACACGUCCUGUGUGGUUUUAACCGAGUUUGUGUUGAAGAUCGCUAGGCAGAAGAACCUCCCUCCUCACCCGUUUCUGCUCGCCUUAGCCACGAGCGCGAAUAUCGGAUCCUCCGCGACUCCUAUUGGGAAUCCGCAGAAUCUUGUUAUCGCGGUACAGAGCAAGAUCCCGUUUUGGGAGUUUCUUCUUGGGGUGUUUCCUGCGAUGAUUGUUGGGAUUACUGUCAACGCUUUGCUUCUUCUCGCAAUGUAUUGGCGUUUAUUGUCUGAUCAUAAAGACGAGGAAGCAGAAGAAGAAGAGGAAGAAGAAAAUACGGUUUCUGAGGUUGUCGUUGAAGAAGAUGUCACAUCUCAUCGGUUCUCUCCAGCUACAUUACCGCAUCUCGGCUCUUUCAGAUCCGAAGAAUCGAACUUGAGAAUGGAUCCUGAGACGCUGAGAAACAGAGCGGCUUCGUCGGGUGAAAACGAUGUCGCAAACCGAGAUUCAAAUGCAUCUACCGACGCAGAGUCUCGAGGAGAGAGCAGUAGCAACAACGUGUUCCGAACCAAGAAAUGGAGAAGAGUGUUUUGGAAAUCAAGCGUUUAUUUGAUCACAUUAGGGAUGCUAAUCUCUCUGCUCAUGGGUUUAAACAUGUCCUGGACCGCGAUAACCGCGGCUCUAGCUCUCGUCGUUCUUGAUUUCAAAGACGCAAGGCCGUCUCUCGAGAAGGUAUCGUAUUCGCUUCUGAUCUUCUUCUGCGGGAUGUUCAUAACCGUUGAUGGAUUCAACAAAACCGGUAUCCCUACGGCUCUGUGGGAGCUAAUGGAGCCAUUUGCCAAAAUCGACCAGGCCAAAGGAACCGCGGUUCUAGCACUUGUCAUUCUUGUCCUCUCCAAUGUAGCCUCCAAUGUACCAACCGUGCUUUUGUUGGGAGCAAGAGUGGCGGCAUCAGCCGCGGGAGGGGAGGAGGAGAAGAAGGCGUGGCUGUUGCUGGCGUGGGUGAGCACGGUGGCUGGAAACUUGACGUUGCUUGGUUCAGCGGCUAACCUGAUAGUGUGUGAGCAAGCUCGUAGAGCAGUGAGCCAUGGCUACACUCUGACUUUUACUAAACACUUCAAGUUCGGUUUGCCUUCAACACUCAUAGUCACUGCCAUUGGUCUACUUCUUAUCAAGUAAUCCACAACUCACUCCUCUGUAUAUGUUUUUUUUUUUCCUUUGUCAAGGAAUGUUAAUUCAUUUCAAGAAUCAAUAUAUGGGUUUCUUUUUAACACACUCUUCUGUAAAUGAAGAUUCUUCGAAAUUGAAAUGCAUUCGUUGUUGUAUCGCAACUUAAAACUUAAAAGUGACAAAUGAAAUGGUAUAUUGGUAUACUAAUCUUUUCAGUUAA